UAUUUCUUUCCCGGAAAGUGAAAUAUUCUUCUCUUUUCGAUAGAUCUCACGAGGUAAACUCUCUCGCCUUUUCAAAACGAAGAUUUACUUUUAGAUCUUUCGUUCAAACGGAACAAAAGGGAUUACGGUUCUUUUUUUUUUUUUUCAUUCGACCUAAGGGAGGGGGUGGCGUUUUCAAAGUUCGUUUUCGAAGAAGACUCGUGUAUUUUUCACUUUACGCACGUUUUUUGUCACGAACGUGUUUUUUUCAUUUUACGUUGUUAAAAUCGAAACGAAAGAAUGGAGAACGGAAGGCGAACAAAGUAAACGAGAGAAACAACGCGAAACGUCUAUACAAAUACACGGAUCGAGGACGCACUAAUCUAGUUCUAUUCGAGAACAUAUUUUCGUUUUGCCUCGCGACUACAGUCGUUUUCGUCGGAUUUACAAUCAGCAGUGGAAGAAUAUUUGCGUAGUAGGUUUGGCUUUAAAUACAUAGAGGGAUAACGUGUACUUGGAUUCUAUUUUAUCCGAAGGUUGAGUGGGGCUGUUGAACGUCGUGGUGAAAGGGAAAGUGGGUGUACGCGGUGAGCUUGCGAUAGUUUAAAAUUCAACGGGACAAAUGGGAAAUAAUUGUAACGAACUUGAUAAAGACGCUUCCUGUACGAAUUCUUCUUUUCUCAAAAAUUCUUUAUCUCGUGAUGUUCGCCUCGUAUGAUAAUGCAAUAGAAUAUCUAGUCGUUACCUUGAACGCUUCUAGCGAUAUACGUAUGCAAAUACCGCGAACGUAUAUUUUAUUCAUCGUCAUUGUCAGUCAAAUUUUACGAGCACCAUUUUCCAUGUGCCGCGCAUUUCUCGACGCGCUAUAAAAAUUUAUUCCGACAACGUUACCAACUUUCACGGUAUACCCGAUACUAUCCUCAUCGCUGGACGCUAACUUCCUCCGCGGUGAUACCGACCUCUAAUUGGAUAAAAUGCGAGCGUACGUGCUGCUCUCGCUCCUGGUGCAAUUGGCAUUCGCGUUUCGACUCCCAUUUCCGUUUCAGGCUAGCCUAUUGGAUACGAGCAAUGGAACAUCGUGUUGCUCCUGCAGCUUCAAAGACACGUCGUACAUGGCGUCCAAGUGCGGCGUGAAAACAUCUUUCAUGAGCUUGGUCGAGAAAAUAAUCGCGUCUACGUGCGACGUGUCGGAUCCUUGCCACAGACUCGGCAAAGAGGAAGUGCCCAACGAAUGGUUCGACUUUAUCGUGGUCGGCGGCGGAGUAGCCGGGCCUGUAAUUGCCAGGAGAUUGAGCGACAAUCCUUGGUGGAGGGUUCUGCUGAUCGAAGCAGGGCCGGAAGAACCGUCGAUGACUUCUAUUCCUGGACUCGCGGUUCACGCCGUCAAUUCGACUUUGGAUUGGAAUUUCAAAACGGAGCCAACGGAGCCCCAUCCGACCGCGUGUUUAGAAACCGACGGAGUGUGCACUUGGCCGCGAGGGAAGAUGAUGUCCGGUACCGCCGGCAUGUACGGAAUGAUGUACGUACGAGGGCAUCCAGAAGUAUACAACAGUUGGGCUCGGGCAGGCGCCACAGGUUGGUCCUACGACGAAGUCGCCCACUACUUCGAACGCGCCGAAGAUCCCGUAGAUCCGUCGAUAUUAUCCGACAAACCUAGAAGCGUUGCCGUACCAGGUCCGAUGAAGAUUCGAUUUUAUCCUCACAAGCCAGCCUUCGCCGACGAACUUCUGAAAGCCGCGGCCGAGCUGGGUUACAGAACGUCGAACUUGAAGGAAUACAGUCAGACAGGCUUCAUGGUGGCUCCCAUGACGACCGACAAUGGCGUACGAGGCACGACUUCGAGAAAUUACUUGAGAUCGGCGUACGGUAAAAACAAUCUAAGGGUGUUGAUCAACGCCCAGGUGACGAAGGUUCUAACGAAUCAGUGGCAGAGCAAAGCGUACGGCGUCGAACUGAUCGAUAAAGAUGGAUAUAAGAGGAUCGUGAAAGCUAACAAAGAAGUUAUUCUAGCGGCUGGAGCGAUUGGCUCCCCUCACAUUCUAUUGAACUCCGGGAUAGGACCCAAGGAGCAUUUAACCAAAUUGGGCAUGAACGUGAUCAAGGACCUGCCUGUAGGAAAGAAUCUUCACAAUCACGUGUCGGUUGCGGUUCUCUUCAGUAUCAAGGAUACCGCGUACGAAUCUAUGAACAUGAACAGCGUUAACGAAUACUUGGAGACCAGAACCGGUCCGUUGAGCAGUACCGGAUUGACCCAAGUGACGGCGUUCCUCGAGAGCAGCUACGCCGCUAGCGGAGUACCCGAUAUCCAGAUGUUCUUCGACGGAUUCGCGCCAAACUGUCCAAGGACCGGACUCGAAUUCGAGUGUUUGAACGGCGCGAUUGGCUUAUGCUCGGACAGAAGGCAGAUCGUGGUCAGGCCGACGGCUGUUACCGUGGAGAGCAGGGGAUACAUGAAGUUGCGAUCCGGCGACCCGAUCGCACCACCUUUGAUUUACCCCAACUACUUUACCCACACGAAGGAUUUGAAGGUGUUGAUCGAGGGUAUUAGGAAGGCGAUCGAGCUCACCAACACGCAGACUAUGAAACAAUGGGAUUUUCGAUUGGAACCUAUCGUUCAUCCUCUUUGCACCAACUAUCACUUCGCCACUGACGCGUACUGGGAGUGCUACGUGAGAGCGGCGACUGGACCGGAGAACCAUCAAUCGGGGACAUGCAAAGUAGGCGCGUACGACGACCCAACGGCCGUCGUCGAUCCAGAGCUACGAGUACGUGGUAUAUCGAACAUUCGAGUCGCGGACGCAUCCGUGUUUCCGAUCGUGCCAAACAGUAAUCCCAUCGCAGCGAUCAUGAUGAUCGCGGAAAAGGCGGCUGACAUGAUCACGCAUACAUGGUCGAAGAUGUGAGAACUCGAAGAUGCGUCGGAAAAGGUCGAUGCCACGCUUCUUUAUUCUCGAUUCUCCUGUCGUAUGGUAUUCCGCGCGAUGUCCCGUUUGUUGCAAAACGUUCUUAUGCGAGUGCUAUCUUUCCAGAAGAUAUCAAUGACGAAAUUGCUCGCGUCACCACGAUGCGAUCUUUAAAUCGUUCGAAUUUGGUCAACAUUGAAUUUGAGAAAUUUUUAAGCCAACUUUAAAAGAUGCGACGUAUCAUCUAAUACACUUGUGUGCCAUAUAUGACAGGAUGAGUAACGACGAGUUUAUCAUUUUCAAAUAAUCAAUGUGCAACUAUUACUCUGUAUAUAACGACAAGCAAAUAAUUUAUGAUCAGUGUCGAGCGAUGCAAAUAUUUGUAGAAUAGACUCGAGCCUAUCUUGUGGACAAUUUUUCAAAUAUGAUAAUUCAAAUAUAUCUUUUACUCGAUAUCCCGUUUAUUUCAUUUCGGAAAUUUUAUUUAUAGAAACGACGACGAAUCGAUUUGAGAAAUAUUCGUCUCGUUUCGGAUACGAAUAAAAAUGUUUGCGAUGCCUUGUUUUUUGGCGAAUAACGGUAUAUCUCGCACGGAUACAUCGGCCACUUCUAUUUAGGUGACACGAACACUUUGAAAAAUCGACCGUUGAUAAAUUCAAAAUACGUAUCCGAUACGUACCAAAAACGAGUCAGCCUCGCCUGUCAUUUACGCGAUGUUAUACGAGAGUCGUGCAGAAAGUAAUGCCCGUUUUCAGAUAGCAACGAUAAAAAUGCAUUUUAAAAAGAUCUCUUGCUUUCCAACUUUCCUAUAUGUCGGGGUGGCAUUGAGGAUCAGGUCGAGGGUUUUCGACGAAUUCCCCUGAGGGGUAGCCAUCGUUGCGAUAUCGCAAGAACACCGUUUAUUAACACAAGUAUGGAGAGUACAGAGCCGGCAUUCAACCCUGCGGUUAGAUGCUCGCGACACUAGUGACGAUGGUCUCUGGUUCGAUAACGAACACGCGGUCAACGGGGUGAUAGAUAUACUUGCUAAAACUCAAACGUGUACUGCUCGCUGAUCGUAAGGCGCUACUCCCUUCGUCGAUCAGAUCUCAAGAAAGAGUGAUUGCUCGUCCCGAGGAUGCCGCCGAGCCAAACUGUGUUGGGGUGUGUCUAAGGACACGAGACAGGUUUUAUAACGAGUCUUCAGGCUAACUGUACUCGUGCCGUGCAGGUGCCUCAACCCCUGGUAUUCAUUGUCUCUAUGGGUAUUUCUUGUAACGAGGGUCAUACUAUCGCUCUAUACCUUUUCUAGACAAAGCGCCCGUCCCGUUGACCGCGGCUACGUUGGGCGACAGCUAUAGUAGACCCUGGAGUACACUGUUGCGGGAUUAUCCCAAAUUCUAGAUGCUCCGGUGUUCUUCCCUCUCCGACAUAAAUAUACCAAUAUACCUUUCGUAUACUUUUCGAUACAACCGCCAGCCUUACUCCAACGCUUAUCGAAACGUUCUACGACCUUUUGUACGUCAGUUCGCAUAUCUAUCGUCUUACGCAAUUCUUUAAAUCAUCUUUUCUUGCGGAGCAUCAUGGACCAAACAUAUUUUUCUCUGUAACGAGAGACGGCUGGACUGAAUACUUACGAUCACGUGCAGUUUCUGUCUCUAUUGACUUGCCCGCAACCACGGUCUUAUCUAAUAAUUCAUCCAUAAUUCUAUUACCGUCAAUAUGGUGAAUUCCAUUUGGAAGAAUUUUUUCAGCUUUUGAAAAGCGUAAAAACGUAAAAGCGCCGUCGCCGGGAUUUUCAAUUCGCAUCGUCAUUUUAAACGCGCGAUACAACGACGAUAUCGAGUAUUCAAACACAAAAUUUUGUACGACUUGCGUCAAUAUAUGAACGAAACUGGGCAAUCUUCUGUAAGUCAUCGUUUUAUAUGUCUUCUAUAUGUAAACGGGCGGUACUUUCUGGACGACCCUGGUAUUAUCGAUAGAAAUUAUGCAUGUUUUCGAUAACCAUUCGUCUAUUGUAAGGCGAACACAUCCUUUAUGUUGAAAAUUCUUUUAAAAGCUGUAAAGAAGGCGAUAAGAUCUUUAAUGUAUGUAUGUAUAUAUGUAUAUACAAGAUAUACCACUUAACAUUAUCAUCUGAAAUAUAUACAUGUAUAUGCGUUGUAAUACAAAAUUCGAACAAACGUUUUCUAUAGAAGUUGCACACUUCCGCAGGGACCAGUGUAUAAUGGAAAUAGUUCUAUGACGUUGCAAAAGACUUUGUUUAUUCGAUCUUCGCUGGCCUUCAAAUAUUUACAAUUAGCAUUAGUAUCGGUUGUGUUUUAUGAAUUUUUUUCAAAGUGACUAUCAUUUACGAAUAAUGAAAAUGUAACAUUCCAUUAAAAAAAAAAAAAAAAAACAAAG